CCUAAAGUGUGACGUCACGUUGCCAUGACAGCAUUUUUUUCUGGUCUAAACAGUUUAAACUCAUACUUCAAACAUGGCGUCUUUAUCGAUAUGCUCACUCGUUUCUUUCUUUUCUGGAGAGCGGAAAUCGCUUGAUCGCGGAGAAAACCACUUCAAAUCCGACCAUGUUCAAAGCUUUAUUUAUUCCAGGGGAGUCAUCAAAGGUGAAGUCCAAGCAAGCAUGAAAAAUAAGGACUACAAAGUCACAAUUUAUCUCGAUGAAAACCUUGAAAUAAAAAACACAGAAUGCGAGUGUCCUCGCGGCGAGUUCAAGUGCAGUCACGCGGCAGCCAUAUUUAUUUAUGGCAUCCAUAACCUUAGCAGGACGGACCUGGAAUGCCAAUGGAAACGAAAGCGAAAGGCAGAAAGCGUACAGCUGUGAGACGAUCAU